GCCAAAUAUUAGUUCAUGAAAUGUCAACAGCACAACAGGAAUAGGUUUGACAUGUUUGUGACUGACGACUUGACGAGGAAACAAAAUUGUAACGUUGAAGAUUACUACUUGUUCUUGUUGUCAUGAGUGAAUUCAAAAUUCAUCACGCUGUUAGCGAAUUGAUUGAUUCGCUAGGGCUCACUGACUUGGUUGCACCUGAAAAAUUUGUGAAAAACUUGGUGACUUCUCCAUCUCAGGUCCAAAUAACAAAUGCUAGAGAGACUGUGCAAACUUUAGCAGCCUUGAGCUCAAAUCCAUCUGAGAUAGUGAACAAGUAUGAAGAACUACGGGACAAAAAUUAUGCUGAAUUGGAUUCUUUUGUCCUGAUACUUUCAAAGAUGAAAGAGUCUAAGACAAUGACCCGCUCAGUCAGGGCUGGUUUGCCAAGAGAAUCUGUCAAAACCUAUUGCACUAGCACAGAUAGCAAUCAAGGAUCUGGCCCAUCAACAUCCACUCCAAUUGUGGUUGGAGGUGUAAAAUUGAAGGAAUUGAAGAGCAGGUUACAGACUGCAAGUGAGGGUUCAUUAGGUCAUAAAGUUACUGAACUAACAGAGAAGAGGGUCACAUCUAGUGAAAUUAUACAAAAGAAUCCAAAGUGGUUUCACACUAGACCCUUUCUUUCUUGGGACUUUCCUGUUGCUGGGCUAUCAGAUUCUCAUCUACUUCAAGUUGCUCCUCUUGGAAAUGUGCCUGUAGGAGAUCAAGAAGGAAUACUUUUAGAAGAGCUCCUUUAUGCUCUUAGUGGGUUUGAUGGCGAUUACAUACGUGCACUACCAUUAACUGCCAACGCCGACGAAAGAAAAUUCGAAAUUGAUGAUAGUGUCGACGAUUCACUAAAAGAAAUGAUUCGAAGAUUCUUCCCAAUUUUAGCUUCCUAUUCUAUAAUUGAGCGUUUCUACGAAAGUCGUUCUGGAUUCGAUUUCGGAAUGGUAAAUGACGCCUUGGCAGCGGCUAUUGGCAACUUGGUUCAUGAAUAUCGAAUCUUUGUCUGUCAACUGGAAAGUUUAUUGCUUAAGAACGAAUUGAGUUUGCAGAAAGCUUGGUAUCUUCUUCAGCCCAAUGUCACGAUAUUGCAUCAACUGCAUCAUGUCACGCUGUCAUUAAUGAGAGCUAAAGCUCAAGGCGGCCAAGUAUUAUCCGUUCUUCACCAACAGACCAUGGAAGCGAUGGGAAAUGAGAAGCAACAGAAACUUUUGCUCUCACUUACCCGUUCUGCAGCCCAGCCAUAUUGGGAGAUUUUGCAAAAGUGGAUUUAUCAAGGUUCAGUAGAAGAUCCAUAUUUGGAGUUCAUGGUUGAAGAUCAUCAAGUAGUAUCCAUGGACAAGCUCUCCCCAACGGCUUACAGUGACGACUACUGGGAGAAGCGUUACACUCUACGACGUGAUCGAGUACCCUCAUUCCUUCUCCCACUUACUGACCAAAUUCUUCGUACCGGAAAAUACCUUAACGUGAUCAAGCAAUGUGGUAUGAAGGUGAAACCACCAAGGAUUGAUGACUUGAUGUAUACACUUGACGGAUCAGGCUACAAAGAAGCCAUUGAAAAGGCUUACAGUUAUGCGUCUGAGACGCUGUUGCACGUCCUCAUGCAAGAUUACGACCUUUUAGGUCGGCUCAAGUCCGUGAAGCAUUACUUUUUCCUGAAUGCGGGAGAUUUUAUCUUGCAUUUCCUCUCGCUAUGCGGAGCGGAAUUGGUGAAAAACGUUGAUGAUGUAAUGCCCAGCCGAUUAGAAUCUUUGCUUGAAUUGGCACUUCGCACUUCGACCGCCAACGCUGAUCCCUUCAAAGAUGAUCUGGGACUUGAAUUACUUUCCUAUGAUCUGACUACUCAGAUGGUUAAGAUUCUUUCGAUUGAAACUCACGGAGAACGCGAUAAUCGCGCGGAUGGAAACCACUCAAUUGACCAUGUACGGUUGACGGGAUUGGAAGCUUUCUCUUUCAUGUACCGUGUUCGAUGGCCUGUUUCACUUGUGUUUACGACUAAAGUUAUGGCGUGCUACCAGAUGAUUUUCCGACAUCUUUUCUUGACCAAAUAUGUGGAAAAUCUCUUGGGCCGAGUUUGGAUUUCGCACAAAAUUGUUCGCAAUUAUUCGUUUCCGACUAGCCAGUGGUACAACAAUGCAUUUGCAUUGCGUCAUCGCAUGCUCCAUUUCAUUCAAAAUUUAUUGUACUACAUCACGGUCGAAGUUCUUGAGCCAUCAUGGCAAAUUUUUGUUGAGAAAAUCCGAAAAGUGGACAACGUCGAUCAAGUUAUAUCAACUCACAUGGAACUUCUGAACGUGUGCAUGAAAGAGUCUAUGUUGACGGAUCCUGCACUUCUACAAACGGCAACCAAAUUGAUCAAACUCUGCGAAACAUUCGCUCACUUUAUCCUCAAAAUGCAUCGCCAUGCCAAGGAAGCUGAAAUGGGACUGAGCAGCCUGGCAAAUGUAACUUCUUUGAGUGAAGUUAUUCUAACUUCACCUGGGGACGUAUUCCUUCAAGAGAACAGUGACACAUUCGAUCAAAAUGUUGCACGGAUGGAACUGCAAUUUACAACUCUUUUGGCCAAUUUGUUACACAGAAUCGCCGAAAUGGGACAUGAAAGUUACGAUUCUCAUAUGUUAACUUUACUGAAUCGGUUGGACUUCAAUAACUACUAUACGGAUAAGGUGAUUCAGUUCACCUUAAAAUCCAAUCAAACAGAUGACACAAUUUCGGGAUAAUUUGAACGCAUGUUGCCCCAUUUUUUGUAAUUGUUUCCGUGAGUGCAUCAAUAAAGUUUACCGAGCUUUUGUAUUAGGAA